AAUAUAACUAAUCAAUGAUAUCUAAGUUUUAGGUAUUUAAGGUGAACGCGUACGUUUUCACAUGAGUUUUCUAAAAUAUCAAAUGAAAUUAACCGACGUGUUUGUUCAUUUCUUUCGAUGCUUGUUAAAAAAAUAAGUGAUAAUAGAUUAUUUUCAACUAAUUUACAAAUAACAUCCAUAUCUGUAUUUCGAUUGCACAUUAAAAAUGUUGUAAAUUAUCUCUGUUUAUCCAAUAUAAGAGGUUUUUGUGUUAUAAUUUGAAUCACUGUGAAAACUUCGUUGAAUUAAGAUGAGACCGUUGUUAGUGAUAUUGACAAGAGGAAAUUUAACUUUUCACAGAUUUCCAACGGAGCUUGGAGCAUUGACUAAAAAUGGGAGACGGGAAGUUUCUGUUUUUGGAAAACAGAUUAGAGGAAUCGGUGUCGUCCACGGGGAUCUUCAGGAUUUACCUGAAAAAGUAAAGUCAUAUGUGGAAGACAAUGUGAAACUUUGCAAACCUGACAAACUCCACAUUUGUGAUGGAUCUGAUGCAGAAAACCAAAAGUUAAUCAACAUAAUGUUGGAGCAAGGAACAAUUAAGCCUUUGCCAAAAUAUGAAAAUUGUUGGUUAGCAAGAACCAAUCCAGCAGAUACAGCAAGAGUCGAAUCCAAAACUUUUAUUUGUACUGAGAAAAAAUCAGAAACGAUUCCAACACCUAAAAACGGUGCCGUUGGAGCCCUGGGUAAUUGGAUGUCACCUAACGAUAUGGAUUUAGUUGUAAAAGAAAGAUUCAACUCAUGUAUGACGGGAAGAACUAUGUACAUAGUACCUUUUUCCAUGGGUCCUAUUGGAUCGCCGUUAUCAAAAAUAGGAAUCGAAUUGACGGAUUCUCCUUACGUGGUAGCUUCAAUGCGAAUAAUGACACGAAUGGGUUCUAAAGUGAUGAAACAAGUUAAAGACGGACAAGCUUUCGUGAAAUGUUUACAUUCUGUUGGAACUCCUAGUAACGGAAUCGUAGAGGAUCCUAGUUGGCCUUGUGAUCCACAAAGAACUAUUAUCUUACACAAGCCUGCAAAUAACGAAAUCGUAUCUUACGGAAGCGGCUACGGAGGCAAUUCUUUAUUGGGAAAGAAAUGUUUUGCUCUAAGAAUUGGAUCUACAAUUGCCAAAAAAGAAGGCUGGUUAGCCGAGCAUAUGUUGAUUCUGGGUAUCACCAAUCCAAAAGGGAAAAAACGAUACAUCGCAGCUGCUUUCCCUUCGGCCUGUGGAAAAACAAAUUUAGCCAUGAUGACACCGUCUUUACCCGGUUACAAAGUUGAAUGUGUAGGUGAUGAUAUAGCAUGGAUGAGAUUCGAUAAAAAUGGGCAGUUGAGAGCUAUCAAUCCAGAGAACGGUUUCUUUGGCGUCGCUCCAGGUACUUCAAGAAGUAGUAACCCAAUAGCCAUGGAUACUAUUUUUAGGAAUACCAUUUUCACUAAUGUAGCAUCAACUAGUGACGGUGGAGUAUAUUGGGAAGGAAUGGAAAAGGAAAUUGGAAGCGAUGUUGCCAUAACUGAUUGGAGAGGAAACCCCUGGUCAAGACAAAAAAAUAUACCUGCAGCUCACCCAAAUUCAAGAUUCUGCACUCCUGCGGAGCAAUGUCCUAUAAUUGACCCGGCAUGGGAAGAUCCAGAAGGUGUUCCAAUUUCAGCUAUUUUGUUUGGGGGAAGGAGACCAGCAGGUGUGCCAUUAGUUUAUGAGGCGCGAGAUUGGAAGCACGGUGUAUUUAUUGGAGCUUCUAUGAGAUCAGAAGCUACAGCAGCUGCAGAGCAUAAGGGUAAAGUUAUCAUGCAUGAUCCGUUUGCUAUGAGACCUUUCUUUGGCUAUAAUUUCGGCAAUUAUUUGGACCAUUGGUUAUCAAUGGAAAAUAAAUCAUCGAAUUUACCAAAAAUCUUCCAUGUAAAUUGGUUUAGAAAAGACGCAAAUGGAAAAUUCUUGUGGCCAGGUUUUGGAGAAAAUUCAAGGGUGCUGGAUUGGAUUUUGAGAAGAUUAGAUGGCGAAAAUAUUGCUGAUGAAACACCUAUUGGUUUAAUUCCUAAGAAAAAUUGCUUAAAUUUGAAAGGCAUAGAAGAAAAUGUUAAUUUGGACGAGCUUUUCAGCCUACCUAGAGAUUUUUGGUUGCAGGAAGUGAAAGAGAUUGAAAAAUAUUUCAAUGAACAAGUUGGAGACGAUUUGCCAAAAGAAAUUUCGAACCAAUUAGAUAGUUUGAGGAAACGUAUAACAAAAAUUAAUUGAAUGUAUCAGUAUUAUUUGAGGAUCUUAUUAUUACUAGUUGAAUUAAAUGUUUAGAGUCACACAAUAUUGUUAGGAUUUAUUUCAUUAUCAUUAUUUGAACAAAUUAUAUAUUUGCAUAAAUUGAAUUUUUUCUCAAACUACUAUGCUUGAAAUGUCAAAACUGUUCAGAGAAUACUAGCAAAGCACUAUGUUUAUUUUUCGAGCAUAUUAAUUUCUUAAUAAUUAUUAAUGUAAUGUGUGAGAAUAAAAUAAAGUUUUUAUUUGAUAUAA